CAUCAAGCCGACCUCUUGUCGUACUCCGAAAUGGCGCAAUUACCGAUUGAGGCUUUCCCAGCCUGGGCCCUUUUGAACAAUGUCGACUUUGUGGACGCAGAGAUACGGAAUAUUGAAGGCAAAGGGUUCGGCCUCGUCGCCAAGCAUGAUAUCACAGACGAGAGCCGCGAUGCUUCCGGCCCAGCAACGAUCCUUCGAAUACCGCGAGACCUUGUCUUAUCUGCCGAGGCAGUAGAGGAGUAUGCCAAGGUCGAUCAAAAUUUCAAGCAGCUGCUUGAUGUUGCUGGGCAUCAGAGCACCAGGGGCGAUAUCAUGCUAUAUUUGUUGACUCAUCUCGUUCAAUCAAAAGCAACGUCUCCAGGUACCAGGGCGUUUGCCUCGACGCCAUGGACUGAGUACAUCAGGUUCCUGCCUCGGCCCAUCCCCGUUCCCACCAUGUGGACGAAUGACGAGAGGGAACUACUCAAGGGGACUUCUCUCGAGGCCGCCGUGAGUGCCAAGCUAUCUGCACUCUCAAGCGAAUACGACAAGCUGUGCGAAGAGGCAUCAGCCCUAUCCUUCUGGAGCACCCUCCUCUCUGAAUCUGCAACGCUGGAGGAUUGGGUCUUGGCUGAUGCCUGGUACCGCUCGCGAUGUCUGGAGCUUCCCCGGGCCGGUCAUGCCAUGGUACCCGGACUGGACAUGGCAAACCACUCGCAGAGCCAUUCGGCAUACUACGAUGAAAGCUCCGAUGGCGAUGUAGUAUUGCUUCCGAGACCAGGGUCAAAGAUUCCAGCAGGUGCAGAGAUUACCAUCUCAUAUGGAGAAGCUAAACCGGCAGCUGAGAUGCUGUUUAGCUACGGAUUCAUUGACAAAGACUCGACCGUCAAAGAGCUCACAUUACACCUUGAGGCAUUGCCUGAUGAUCCCCUGGGGAGGGCCAAGUUUCACAUCUACAAAGGGCCACCCACUGUACGACUAUCGAUAAUCAACGACAACGUCCACUGGGCCAGCCCGUUUCUGUAUCUUCUAAUCCUGAACGAGGAAGAUGGCCUUGCGUUCCGGGUACUGCAAGACACAUCAGGCGGCCGCCAGUUGAAACUAUUCUGGCAAGAGGAAGAUGUCACAGAGAGGACGGGCGAGUUCGAGACGCUGGUGCAGAACCACCCUCUCCACCAAGUGUUUAAGCUUCGCGCAGUUGCCGUGCUGGAGGAGCGGGUUGCGAUGCAGCUGGACAGAAUCUCCUCCGGGCCCUCGUACGGGGCAACGGAGCAAUCUCACGCGGCAGCAAACGAGCCCCGUGGGGAGUGCAGGCUAGCGGCUGAGACCUUGCGAGAUCUCGAAACCCAGGUCCUGCAGGGUGUGGCACAGGCGCUAGAAAACGAGAAGGCGAGGCUGCUUCAGGAUGAAGCCGUAGUGACAUAUCUCGGGUCGACGGAAGACGUCCAAAACGAGCAAGCGCCUGGCCCGGCGUCCAAUGACGAUGACGAGUUCAGCUAG